AUGGAUCCUAAAAGUGUAGGUGAUCUUCAAGCCUUGUACAAACAGAAUCCAACGCUCUUGAGAGCAAAACAACUGACUUUUAUAAGAGAUUCAUUGGAAAGUAUUGGAGACACCAUUGCAGGCUUCCAGAUAAUUGAUGCCUUUCCCUUAAGACUUGGUAAAGAGCAAAGGAAGUCCCCAGAGCCACCCACAAGUGAGGAGAGUGAUUUAGAGGCUGAUGAGGAUGGAGUUAUCAAACCAGAUGAAGAUGAACCCCAGGAAAUGGGGGAUGAAAAUGUGGAGGUGACAAAUGAGAUGAAAACCAAGGCUGAACAGAAGAAGGAAGAGGCCUAUGCUGCCCUAGAGAUAGGAGAGAUGCAGAAUGCUAUUGACUUGUUUACAGAGGCUAUCAAGCUGAACCCACAAUCCUCAUUUUUGUAUGCCAACCGAGCCAGCGUAUUUGUCAAAAUGCAAAAGCCCAUUGCUGCCAUUAGAGACUGCAACAAGGCAUCAGAGCUCAAUCCUGACAAUGCCCAGGCCUACAAAUGGCGAGGGAAAGCACAUAUGCUUCUGGGACACUGGGAGGAAGCUUCUGAGGACCUUGCUUUGGCCUGUACUUGGGAUUAUGAUGAAGACACCAAUGCUCUGCUAAAGGAAGUGCAGCCCAGGGCCCUGAAGAUGACUGAACAACACAACAAAUAUAAGAGAAAGAAUAACCUGAAGAAGAUUCAAGAGAUUCAGAAUACUUUAGAUAAGAUCAAAAAUAUGCUGGAAGAGCAAGAUAAAGCACAGAGGGAGGAAAAUACUUGGCAAUUGAUAACUCGAGUCUGUUGGAGGUACUUGGACAUUUUUAUGGCCAUUAUGGAUCCAAGGAUUAUCCUGGCUUGGGUGGAUGUGACCUGGAACCCAGACAAUAUCUCUAAAUACCGGGAUAACCACAAGUUUAUGAAGUUCAUUGGUCAGGUUGAUUGA